CAGUCUCACUCGCAUUACUAAUCCUACUAAUCUAUCAUGAAUGCUGCUGCCAGACUCAUCCUACUACUAACCAUUCUGUAUCUGCCACCCCUCUCUGCCAAUCCCUCCACUGGCCUCCAUUCAGUGUCCUCCACCCCUCUCUGCCAAUCCCUCCACGGCCUCCACUCAGUGUCCUCCAUCCCUCUCUGCCAAUCCCUCCACUGGCCCCCACUCAGUGUCCUCCACCCCUCUCUGCCAAUCCCUCCACUGACUUCCACUCAGUGUUCUCCAUCCCUCUCUACCAAUCCCUCCACUGGCCUCCAGUCAGUGUCCUCCACCCCUCUCUGUCAAUCCCUCCACUGGCCUCCAUUCAGUGUCCUCGUGAUGCCAAUCCCUCCACUGGCCUCCAUUCAGUGUCCUCCCUCCACCCCUCUCUGCCAAUCCCUCCACUGGCCUCCAUUCAGUGUCCUCCACCCCUUCAGUGAUCCUCCACUGACCUCCACUCAGUGUUCUCCACCCCUCUCUGCCAAUCCCUCCACUGGCCUCCAUUCAGUGUCCUCCACCCCU